AUGAAGGCAAACUUAAUGUUAAAGAGAAGGCUGGCUACUGCAACAGCCAAUUCCGCCUUGCCCAAGAUCAAAGUCGGAAUAUUACUAUCAAGAAUCCCCAUAAUUAUACCAAAACUAAAUGAACUGGAAAAACACUACUACGAAUACCAAUCAAAACUGGAAAAAAGAUUGAUGUGGACAUUUCCAGCAUAUUUCUAUUUCAAGAAGGGUACUGUAGCGGAACAUAAAUUUUUAUCCCAACAAAAUGGGCCCAUUUCUAAGAAAGGUGGUAUUUGGUUUCCUAAAGGUAUACCGGACAUCAAGCAUGGCAGAGAAAGAAGUACCAAGCAGGAAGUUAAUCUGCCUAGUAGCAAUACAGCGAAAUCCGCCAUAGAUAAAAAAGAGCAUAACAAGGACGAUGUUAACAGACCCGUCAUUCCAAACGAUAAAAUAACGGAAGCUGAUAAAUCAAAUGAUACUAAGAGCCUCGAAAGACAAUUAAGCAGAACUUUAUAUCUUUUAGUAAAAGAUACCGAAGGUGUUUGGAAAUUCCCAAACUUUGACUUAUCUGACGACUCAAAGCCCUUACACAUCAACGCGGAGGAUGGAUUGAGAUCGUUAGGCGGUGACCAGAUACACACUUGGUCCGUUUCUGCUACCCCCAUCGGUGUUUUGAAGGACGACCAGAAUAGCUCAGCAGAGUUUAUUGUGAAAUCUCACAUUUUGGCAGGGAAGUUCGAUUUGACAGCCGACAAGAAUGACACAUUUAAAGACUAUGCUUGGUUGACAAAGGAUGAAAUAAAUGAAUGCGUUCCAAAAGAAUACUUUAGCCAAACCGGGUUCCUUUUGGCGGAUAAUUGA